GCUUUUAAUCGCUGCCCGUCUGUGCUGCAUUGCAGAUCAGCACGUGCUCCCGGGACCAGAUGAGCAGAGGGAGAUUGCUCUGAAGAUUAAGCCUGGAAGAGGUCCAGCAGCUGCGUGGCUCCCGCUGCCGUCGCUACGGAUCUGGAAAAGAAAGGAGAAGAGAAGAAAAAUGUCCCACGCUUUAAAGCAAGUGUUCAACAAAGACAAAACGUUCCGGCCCAAGCGCAAGUUUGAGCCGGGCACGCAGCGCUUCGAGCUGCACAAGAAGGCGCAGGCCUCGCUCAACGCGGGCCUCGACCUCAAGGUGGCCGUGCAGCUGCCGCCGGGCGAGGAGCAGAACGACUGGGUGGCCGUGCACGUCGUGGACUUCUUCAACCGCAUCAACCUCAUCUACGGCACCAUCAGUGACUAUUGCACGGAGCACUCCUGCCCCGUCAUGUCCGGGGGCCCCAAGUACGAGUACCGGUGGCAGGACGAGCACAAGUAUCGCAAGCCCACGGCGCUCUCCGCUCCGCAGUACAUGAACCUCCUCAUGGACUGGAUUGAGGUGCAGAUCAACAAUGAGGACAUCUUUCCCACCAACGUCGGCACCCCCUUCCCGAAGAACUUCCUCCCGGUGGUGAAGAAGAUCCUCUCGCGGCUCUUCCGCGUCUUCGUGCACGUCUACAUCCACCACUUCGACAGGAUCACCCAGAUGGGCUCGGAGGCCCACGUGAACACCUGCUACAAGCACUUCUACUACUUCGUGAAGGAAUUCAAUCUGAUAGACACCAAGGAGCUGGAGCCGCUGAAAGAAAUGACCUCCCGCAUGUGCCACUGAGACCCGACCCUCCUGCGCUCCCCUCCUGGAGGACGCCGGGCCCUGCUCCCGCAUCGGAGACACGCCUCAAGGCGAGGACAGAGACGUUGCGUUAAAAGAAUCUAUAUAUUUUUAACGAGUUUCGGCGUAAAACUGUGAGACUGCAGGAAUAUUUUUUUAAAGAGGCUCUAGAUAAACUAGUUUUUUAUA